AUGCGGUCGCUGAUUCUACUUGUUCUUGCAGUGGGAAUCUGCAAAGUGAGUGGAAAGAGUAUCUCUUGUAAAUGCGCAGUCAGUGAUAGAUGUUCACUUGAUGAGGAUGCAGCCUAUGGUUGCCAAAGUGAUGACGAGUCAGCUGACUUAGAGUGUGACUGUUCAACGUGCACCUGCAGUAAAGGGAUUGAGGAAUAUCUAUAUCAAAGUUCGAUUGAAAGUAAGUUGCCAUUUAGUGAAUCUGAAAAAGCGGCGAUCAUGGGAGCCAUUGGCGCCGUUAAGGAAUUGGUUGACGACUUAAAUGAUCUUCUUGGUGGUAUAGCAGAACUGUUGAAACGUGCCGCGGACCUUAUCAAAGCCUUCUAUGAAUGGUUGAAGGAUAACAUCAUUAGAGUGUGUACUAUGUUAAGAAAUAAAAUUGAGGGAGUUCAAAAGAUGAUUGAUGCGACUGUUGAAAUGCUUAAGAAAGUACGAAACUUUCGGGAUAGCAAGAGCAAUUGGCUAGAGGAUGUUUUGAAAAUAAUAGAGGACAAAAUUAAUGAAUUGCGAAAAAUGGAAUUCCAAUCUAAAAGAUUAAUGCUACGGAAGAUUGAAACAGGUACCUUAUCUCAGUUAUCACUAUUAUUGUAG